CCGAUGAAGAAGUCGUGCGGCACCCCGCCCCUUUGCAGGCAGAACGGGAGCUCCAUUCAAACACGGCGAAUUUCGCGGCCCGCGAUGCGAUAGUCGUUGUGAGGAAAGACAGGAGCCGAAAAGAGAACCCUUAAGCCGCAAACUAAACUCACAGACCGAGCGGACACCCGGAGAAGCGGGCAUCCAGUCAGACGGAACACAAACACACUGAGCGCAGAGUGUUAGCAGGCGGCUAACGGCACCGACAUGGCGAGCGCCUCAUACCACAUAUCCAACCUGCUGGAAAAAAUGACUUCCAGCGACAAGGACUUCAGGUUUAUGGCUACUAAUGACCUGAUGACGGAACUACAGAAAGAUUCAAUCAAACUGGACGAUGACAGUGAGAGGAAGGUUGUCAGGAUGAUCCUCAAACUGCUGGAGGACAAGAACGGUGAAGUUCAGAACCUGGCUGUCAAAUGUUUGGGCCCCUUGGUGAGUAAGGUGAAGGAGUACCAGGUAGAGACCAUCGUGGACACACUGUGCACCAACAUGCUGUCGGACAAAGAACAGCUCAGAGACAUUUCCUCCAUUGGUCUCAAAACUGUAAUCGGAGAAUUGCCGCCUGCUUCCAGCGGUUCUGCCCUCGCUGCCAGUGUUUGCAAGAAGAUAACUGGUCGGCUGACGAGUGCUAUCGCCAAACAGGAAGACGUAUCUGUGCAGCUGGAGGCGCUGGAUAUCAUGGCGGACAUGCUCUGCAGACAGGGGGGGCUGUUAGUGAAUUUCCACCCCUCCAUCCUGAGCUGUCUGCUUCCUCAGCUCACCUCCCCCAGACUCGCUGUCAGAAAGAGGACCAUCAUGGCUCUGGGCCACCUGGUGAUGUCCUGUGGAAAUCUGGUCUUCGUCGAUCUGAUUGAACUUCUGACUGAGCUGGGAAGAAACGACAAUAUGUCGACCACCAGAACCUACAUCCAAUGCACGGCCGCCAUCAGCAGACAGGCUGGAACAGGAUGGUGAGAGUACUUGGAGAAGAUCAUCCCGCUGGUUGUAAAGUUUUGUAAUGUUGACGACGAUGAGCUCAGAGAGUACUGCAUCCAGGCUUUUGAGUCCUUUGUUAGGAGGUGUCCUAAAGAGGUUUACCCUCACGUUCCACGUAUCUCAAUCUGUUUGUGCUACUUGACCUAUGACCCCAACUACAACUUUGACGAUGAAGAUGAGGAUGACAACGCGAUGGAUGCUGAGCAGAAUGAUGAAGACUAUCAAGGCAGCGACGACGAGUACAGUGAUGAUGACGACAUGAGCUGGAAGGUUCGCAGGGCGGCGGCUAAGUGUUUGGAUGCAGUUGUUUCAACGCGUCACGAGAUGUUGCCUGAGUUUUAUCGCUCUGUCUCUCCGGCUCUCGUCUGCCGGUUUAAGGAGAGGGAGGAGAACGUGAAGGCGGACGUUUUCCAUGCCUACCUGUCGCUGCUCAAACAGACCAGACCAGCUCAGAGCUGGUUGGCUGAUCCAGAUGCCAUGGAGCAAGGAGACACACCCCUAACCAUGCUGCAGAGUCAGGUUCCCAUGAUCGUGAAAGCGCUUCACAAGCAGCUGAAGGAGAAAAGUGUUAAAACGCGUCAGUGUUGUUUCAACAUGUUGACUGAGCUGGUGAACGUCCUUCCAGGCGCGCUGACUCAGCAUAUACCAGUACUUAUACCAGGCAUCAUCUUCUCUCUAAAUGAUAAGUCGAGCAGCUCUAAUCUGAAAAUUGACGCCUUGGCGUGCCUCCACGUCAUCAUGGUAACACACCCCGCCCACGCCUUCCACGCCCACGUCCCUGCCCUCGUCCCGCCUGUGGUGGCCUGCGUCAGUGACCCCUUUUAUAAGAUUACGUCUGAGGCUCUGCUUGUCACCCAGCAGCUUGUUAAGGUCAUUAGACCCUUUGGACAGCCAAUCAGAAGACCAGGAAGUUUGGACCCGUCUCCCUUUAUACUCAACGAUCCUGUUCACUUUGCACAUCAAACGGAACUGAAAGCCGCCGAUAUUGAACAAGAGGUCAAAAACGAGCCAUCUCCCUGCAUGGGGCAAAUCAUCUGUAACCUAGGUGACCCGCCCCUACCCAAUGAGCUACCCGGGAAACUCCUGCUCAUUUUCCUUGAACGGCUCAAGAAUGAGAUUACCAGACUGACAACCGUCAAAGCUCUCACGCUGAUCGCCGGAUCUCUGCUGAAAAUCGAUCUGAGGCCAGUUCUCCCCGACGCCGUUCCCAUCCUCGCCUCCUUUCUCCGCAAGAACCAGCGAGCCCUGAAGCUCUGCACGCUGGCCGCUCUGGACAUCUUACUCAGAAACUACAGCUCGGCGGUGACUCCAGUCAUGGUGGAUGCGGUGCUUGCUGAGCUUCCGCCUCUCAUCUCGGAGAGUGACAUGCACGUGUCUCAGAUGGCGCUGAGUUUCCUGUCCACUCUGGCUGUGACACAUCCGUCCUCACUGGGCCAGCUGAAGGCGGGAACAAUCCUCCAGCAGCUCAUUUCAUUGGUUCGAUCCCCGUUACUGCAGGGCGGAGCACUGGCUGCAAUGCUGGACUUCUACCAGGCUCUGGUGGCCACAGACACUCCUGGUCUGGGAUACAUGGACCUGCUCAGGAUGCUGACUGGUCCAGUUUACUCCCAGAGUGCCGCGCUGCCUCACAAACAGGCCUACUGCUCCAUUGCCAAAUGUGUCGCUGCUCUGACCAGAGCGUGUCCCACCGAGGGACCUGCAGUGGUGGGACAGUUCAUCCAGGAUGUGAAGAACAGUCGCUCCACAGACUCCAUCAGGCUGCUAGCUCUGCUUUCAUUGGGUGAAGUCGGACAUCACGUGGAUCUCAGCAGCCAACCAGAGCUGAAGACGGUCAUUCUAGAUGCUUUCUCCUCCUCGAGUGAAGAGGUGAAGUCGGCGGCCUCCUAUGCUUUGGGCAGCAUUGCAGUGGGGAAUCUUCCAGAGUACCUGCCCUUCGUUUUGCAGGAGAUUUCGUCGUCCAAGAGGCAGUACCUGCUGCUGCACUCACUCAAAGAGAUCAUCAGUUCAGCGUCUGUCUCCGGUCUGAAGCCGUAUGUGGAGGCGGUUUGGUCUCUGCUGCUGAAACACAGUGAAUGUCAGGAGGAAGGAACCAGGAAUGUUGUGGCUGAGUGUCUAGGCAAGCUGACCUUGAUUGACCCCGAGACCCUGCUGCCUCGCCUAAAAGGAUAUCUGCUGUCAGGUUCGUCAUAUGCCAGAAGCUCUGUGGUAACGGCUGUGAAGUUCACCAUCUCUGACCAGCCGCAGCCCAUCGACCCGCUGCUGAAGAACUGCAUAGGUGACUUCCUGAAGACGCUGGAGGACCCGGACCUCAACGUCCGCCGCGUGGCCUUAGUAACAUUUAAUUCUGCAGCCCAUAACAAGCCCAGUCUGAUCCGGGAGCUGCUGGAUUCUGUUUUACCACAACUUUACAACGAGACCAAAGUGAGGAAGGAGCUGAUCCGAGAGGUGGAGAUGGGUCCGUUCAAACACACCGUGGAUGAUGGUUUGGACUUGAGGAAGGCUGCCUUCGAGUGCAUGUACACUCUGCUGGACAGCUGCCUGGACCGGCUGGACAUCUUCAUCUUCCUCAACCAUGUAGAGGACGGCCUCAAGGACCACUAUGACAUCAAAAUGCUGACUUUCCUGAUGCUGGCCAGACUCUCAUCUCUUUGUCCCAGUGCUGUUCUCCAGAGACUCGACAGACUGGUGGAACCACUGAGAGCCACCUGCACCACCAAGGUGAAGGCGAACUCUGUGAAACAGGAGUUUGAGAAGCAGGACGAGCUGAAGCGGUCGGCGAUGCGAGCCGUCGUGGCGCUGUUGACCAUCCCCGAAGCUGAGAAGUCGCCGCUGAUGUCGGAGUUCCAGUCGCAGAUCUCAUCCAAUCAGGAGCUGGCAGCCAUCUUUGACUCCAUUCAGAGGGACUCCAGCUCUGCCAACAUGGAGUCCAUGGACACCAGCUAAAAAAAUGGACCGCGAGUUCCCACAACGCAACGCGGCACCACUCGCUGCUGGAGCGCCACCCUGCAGCAUGUUUCCAUGACAACACACACAUGCACACACGCACACACCUACCUGUAGUGACACACCCUCCUAGUGAUCGAUCAUCAUCAUGAUGCAUUGCACUGAAGAAGAUGGAACUACGGCGCGCAACAUGGACAAAAAGAACAAACACAAGAAACAAAUUUCAUUCUGAGGCUUGAAAGCUCCUCCCACUUCCUGUUUGAUUUCUGGUGAGAUCAGUUGGUUGGUGACCUCUGGCUUGUGUCGUCAUCCCCCCCCCCCCCCCCCCCCCCUUAAUUUUUCCAUGACCUUCCACAGGUACGGUCGUGUAACCUGAUUGGCCGCUGCUGAGUGACUGACAGUCGGCGCUAUUAUAUAAAACAGACCAAUGGGAAGCAGCCUGCCCGAGGCUGUGUUGACCAAUGGGAGAAGGGCUUUUUUGUUUUCUUUGAGUGACGUGAGCAAACUGUAGGAUGCUUGGGGAUGUCAGGUGGGCGGGGUUUUAUUGACGUGGACCAAUCAGCUUCUUUGUUCCCCUGACGGAGCGGCUUCAGUUUCAUGUCUUCACUUUUAGGACGGAAAGAGAGGAAAGGACAGAUUAUUGGUCCAGAUCAUGUCAGACCUAACCUGACUGGAUGAUGACCUGUAUGACUGUUUCCAUGGUAACACAGUGUAAAAGUAGCCUACGUUACCCAUAAUGAUGAUCAGUUUAUUAUUCCAGUGUACCUGACUGCUCAAACCAGUUCAGUAAACCAGUUUUGACCAGUUUA